UAAAAUUAUAGUCAUGUGUCGUCUCAAUAGAUGCUGCUGUUACUCACUGCGCCAAGGCUGCCUAAUAUUCGGUCUUGAUAUAAUACUUCUUGAGAUUAUUAUACUAGUAUACGAGUAUUUUUAUGGCUUAUUUUCUGUUAUGACCAUUUGGAUGAUCAUACAUGUGGUGCUUGCGGUAGUAUGCAUAAUAUUAGCACUUGUUUUCAUUCUUACAAUCUUAAAGGAUCGUCGAAACCUUGCCCUAAUUUUGGCCGUUAUCAUCGUUGUUUUAGUAAUAGUGGAGACGCUGAUGUGUUUAAAUGGAUGGAUCGCGCUUUACGGACUUAUUCCCAGCGUACUUUGUGUUUUACUUGAAGCUGGGGUACUCUGUUUUGCACUACUCGUUGUUUAUUCGUACGCACGUGAAGAUACAUCUGAUUGAGCUAAGCCUAGCAGCUGUACAUUAACAUAACAAAUAGGUUUUCGGUCAGAUUGAAAUCCCUCUGUGCAAAUGCUAUGUAUACUCAGAAGAUACUUCUUCAAACAAAUGAUUAAUUCCUGAUCGAUGGAGGAGAGAUUAUUCGUCUUUUUACUGAUCCAAGGUUUUGGAGAACUCAACCCACUAAUGGGUGAAAUUUCUGGCUGUUUUUAAACUGGCAACUGGCAAUGCUUGUAAAUUUAAAUUUACAACAGCUGUUGUGCCAACAAUUGAUUGUGAUUGAUCAAUAGUUGAACAAAUUAAAAA